UAUAUUUAGACAGCGUCGACGCAGUUGGUGUCCGACGGCGCGUAUAUGCCAUAGUCCGUCCGUUGUGCCGGGUAAUCGUAAAAAUAAUGUAAUACACGUAGCUAUUGUUUUAGGUGUUAUUGUUAAUAUAAAAAAUAUACAAAUAUAUUGUCCGUGAUUAACGGCCAAGUCGCCGGUCGUAGCCAAGUACCUUUAGGCGACCUACGAAAAUGAGCGCGAACAAAGGCAGUUUUUUCGACUCGGACAUAGAUUUGUAUCUGAAAAUAUCCAACUACGAGGAAACCGUCAAACACUUGGACAUAUACUACGGAAUAGUGAAAAGACAACUUCUCAGAUAUCAGAGUGCGAUUACCGGAUUGUUUCCCGUGCUGUCUGACGACGAAUACGAGGCCAGCGUCAGGGAUAGCAUUUACUGUGCAGCCGCCAUUUGGAGUCUGUUUCAAGCUUACAGGAGAAUCGACGAUGACCGAGGUAAAUUAUACGAACUGGGUCAGUCCGCCGUCAAGUGUAUGCGAGGCAUAUUGGCUUGCUGGAUCCGACAAGCCGACCAAGUGGAACGGUUCAAGAAACACCAGUGCAGCAAGUACGCCCUGCACUCUAAAUUCAAUUUGCAAAACGGCGAUGUCCUCUACUCGGACGAGGGUUACCCUCACCUACAAGUUGACGUGGUGUCGCUGUACCUGAUAUAUUUAGUCCAAAUGACUACCUCGGGUUUGCAGAUAAUUUACACAAAGGACGAAGUGGCAUUUGUGCAGAACUUGGUGUACUACAUCGAGCGCGCUUACCGGACGCCCGACUACGCUGUAUGGGAGAGAGGAAGUUCCUACAAUGACAACACGCCGGAAAUCCAUGCCAGUUCUAUCGGAAUGGCAAAAAGCGCUUUGGAGUCUAUCAACGGUUGCAAUCUGUUUGGAGACAAGGGGGCUUCGUGGUCGGUGAUUUACGUGGACAUAGAUGCCCACAACAGAAAUAGGAGUAUAUUCGAGACGUUGUUGCCCAGAGAAUCCAGUUCAAAAGCUGUCGAUUCUGCGCUGAUUUCCACGGUCUCCUAUCCCGCGUUUGCCACCCACGAAGAAAUACUGGUCACAUAUACAAAAGCCAACAUAGUGAAAAAGCUCCAAGGCCGGUAUGGUUUCAAGCGAUUUAAGCGUGACGGCUACAAAUGCGCCAUUGAAGAUCCGAACCGGCAGUACUAUAACGUCGGAGAAACUCAAGAUGGUCACGCUGAUUUUGGUUUUCAGGACUUUGAAAACAUUGAAAAUGAAUGGCCAAUGUUCUAUUUAUACAUGAUAAUCGACGGAGUGUUCAAAAACUUACCUCAACAAACCGAAGAGUACAAGAAAUUGCUGAAAGACGUGAUGAAGACUGAUAGUUUCGGAGACCCUUUCAUACCGAUGUUCUAUUACGUUACCAAGGAGAACGUAGACUAUGAAAAAGCUGACCCUGGCAGUCAACUUAGGUCGCCCGGGCCCAAAUGCGAAGACGGCGAGAAACAACCGUUGUUCUUGUGGAAUCAGGCACUGUACAUAAUAGCACAACUACUCACAUCCAACCUGUUGCACAUGAAUGAACUGGAUCCCAUCCGCCGGUACUUACCGUCCUACAACAGACCUAAGAGACCGGGACGUUAUUCGGCUUUUCAGACCAGGCACAAUACCGGCACGGCUACCGAUUUGGUCGUUCAAGUGGUUCUGAUAGCCGAGUCGAUGCGACUGCAGGCUAUGAUGGCGACGUACGGCAUCCAAACGCAAACGCCCCACGAAGUCGAACCGGUUCAGAUAUGGUCUUCAACUGAGCUUGUAAAGGUAUAUAAACAUUUGGGCGUCAAUAAGAAACUGAAUCUCAGCGGAAGACCGUUACGACCGAUUGGCGCUCUGGGCACUAGCAAGAUGUACAGAGUGUGUGGAAUGACAGUAUUGUGUUAUCCUUUGAUAUUCGAAGUAUCCGAAUUCUACUUGUACCGCGACAUGUCUCUGCUCAUCGACGACAUCAAAACAGAGCUGAGGUUCGUCAGCCGGUUUUGGAGGUUGUCAGGUAGACCCACGGUCUGUCUAUUGAUCCGCGAAGAACACAUGAGAGAUCCGCAAUUCGAAGAGAUGUUGGAUUUGUUCGCUAUGCUAAAGAAAGGUCACUGCGACGGUAUCAAAGUGCGAAUAGGCAGGUUGCAAAAUUUACUCUCCUCGUCUUGCAUGGAACAUUUGGAUUUCAUGAACGAUAUCGAGGCUGAACAGUUUCCUAAGAAAUUUCAGCCGUUCAGACAGUUGGAGUACGACUACAGCGGUUACCAAAGUUUGACCGACGUACCGAAAACGGUGGCCUAUGAAGAAGAUGUCAUUAACAUACAGAAAUAUCUAUUCCAAAGUACCAAUGAGAUUAUCCAAGUUCUACACGAGGGCGUCGGUUUAUAUUCACAAGCUCAGUUGUACGGGAUAUUGCUCAAGAGAGAAGGUCUUGAAAAAGAAGUACUAGGCUCAUCUAUCCAUACCCAACUGACCAACCUGUAUCAUACAGCGGGCUGUCUACAUUAUUGGAUAGCUGUCAGAUAUUGCAGUAGUCUGUUGCGUCACACGGUCGACAGCAUCAGUCCAUUUAUCACGGCCGUGUUGGUCAACGGCAAACAGCUGACCGUCGGGGUGGUGGAACACAAGGAAACGGUAUUCGACAAGCCCAUGACGCCGGACGUGAUAGACUCCAUUAUUUAUUCCACCAUACAACCGUACAACGUCAUACAGGCCGUACUCCAGCAGGAAAUCAUUUUGUACUGCGGUCGACUGAUCGGCACCCAUCCGGACAUGUUCAAAGGGAUACUCAAAAUCCGAGUGGGAUGGGUGUUGGAAGCGAUGAAAUUGCAACUGCAAUCGGAAAACGGAAAGAAAAUUUUAGAAAAUCUGAGUCCGUACGCUAUCAGGCAACUGUUGCAAAAAAUAUUGACUGUCAAAGUGUGGGCGCAAAAAGAAGGGGUUAACAUGCUGCACAAGCGCAAGAUCGAGGGCUGCUGGUGUCGGGUUCCCAACAGGUUUUACAAUCAAGUGUGGGACAUACUCAUGCGAACGCCCAGGGGCAUAAGGGUGUUGAAUCAAUCGUUGCCGCAACAGCCCACCGUCAACAACAUGACCCAUUCGGAGUUGCAAUUCGGCUUGUUCGUCGAAGACAUGUUGAACCGGAUACAAAAACCCGAAUAUAGGCAACUAGUGGUCGAGUUGUUAUGUAUCGUUUCCACGAUUCUCAUUCGCAACCCGGAACUCACGUUAAGGGACGAACUGAAUCUUGACAGUUUGAUCACAGAAGCCAAUAUAAUGUUUUGCAAGGACAACAUGUUGAAAGUCAGCGAAGACCUGGACCCGUUCAUAUCGAGCAAGUAUUCGACGACGACGGGUUAUUUGGCCAGAGCAGUCGUCAACAACAUACUGACGGGUGGUCAGCUCGAAACGUCUUCAGUCGACAUAGACGAAGACAGCGAAGAUGUCGACAAGUGUAAAGUGUCAUAAACGGCGUAAAAAAAUGAUUGUACUACUUCAUUAAUUGUAUUUUUUAAUUCAUGUUUUUAUUUCUAUAAAAAUACUUUUAGUGAGUUUUUUUUUUUAGUCAUACCGUCUUCUGGCUAUAUUAGUUUUUUGAUUUUAAAUAAAGUUAUUGUUUUUGUACGCCACGUCUUUAAUCG